AUGGGAAAAAACCAAGUUUGGUCCGUGACCGCUUACGUUUUCCUAUUCUUGUCUCUGGCAUCACAAAUUCUUUGUAGGAGCAAUUUAAAUGGGAUUAGAGGCGGUGUAAACCAACAAGAACAGAAGGAGAAAGAUCUAAUCAAAUGGCUGCCCGGACAACGUUCUCCGGUUAGUUUCAGACAAUACGGUGGUUUUGUACCCGUAAACGAAACAAACGGACGGUUUUUUUACUAUUAUUUCGUGGAAGCCGUCAACGCCAGCGACUCCGCUCCUCUAGUGCUCUGGUUCAACGGAGGACCGGGAUGCUCGUCUCUAGGACGUGGGGCACUUAUGGAGCAUGGACCCUUCCGUGUACACAGCGACGGCAAAACUCUUUUUCGCAAUCCUUAUGCAUUUAACAACGAGGCGAACGUGUUGUACUUAGAAUCUCCAGCAGGCAUAGGAUUCUCGUACACGAAUACUCCAGAGGAUAUGAUUGACCCAACGGACAAAAAGACAGCAGAGGAUAACUACAUGUUCUUGGUGAAGUGGCUGGAAAGGUUUCCCGAGUACAAGGGAAGAGAGUUUUACAUCUCCGGUCAGAGCUACGCUGGCCACUAUGGUCCCCAACUUGCUCAGCUUAUCCUUCAACGUAACAAGCAAACCUUCAUCAACCUAAGAGGCCUUUUUCUUGGUAAUCCAGCUCUUGAUCGCAUGGUUGAGUCAACUAGUGUGAAACCAUAUAUGGUGUCUCAUGCUAUGAUUCCACAAAAAUAUAUGGACGACUACGUUAACUGCGGAGUAGGAAUGCCUUUUGAUUUUCAAAUCUGCGCCAAAGCGAUUGAGAAAAUAGAAGCUCAGUUGAAACACGUGGACAUUUACAACAUACACGCUCCAGUAUGCAAAAACGCAACGUUGACUAGUAAACCCAAGAAAGGCACCACGGUAAUGGUGUAUGAUCCGUGCAACGAACACUACGUAUCGACUUAUCUUAACAGUGAAAAGGUUCAGAAAGCGAUAAAUGUCAAGUCCACGAAACUACAGUACGUGUGGCAGCCUUGCAACCAUACCCUAUCGAAUCUAUGGAGCGAGGAGGAUAUAGACGCAAUAUUGGUUCCUCUCCUCCACGAGAUAAUGGGUCAGGAUGUUCGAAUCUAUGUCUACAGUGGAGAUUUGGACUCGGUGAUUCCGGUGACCAGUACAGCUCAAGUGAUCAAGAAUAUGAAUCUAACGGUUGAGAACUCAUGGCGUCAGUGGUUUUCUGGGGGAGAGGUGGGAGGUUUCACAGAGGAAUAUAAAGGAAAUUUUACGUUUGCAACUGUGAGAGCAUCAGGCCAUGAUGUGCCUAUUGACCAGCCUAUGCGUGCUCUUACUAUCUUUACAAGCUUUAUUCGUAAUACUCCUCUCCCUGAUACCCUCUGA